GGGCCCGCGGGGGAGUGCUCGGUGCCUCCGCGCUCCGCCUUCAGUGCCAAGCGCUCCGAGAGCCGCGUGCCUCCGCCGUUGGACGCGCCCCUACCCUUCGACCGGGUGCUGGUGAACGAGCAGGGUCAUUACGACGCCGCCACCGGCAAGUUCACCUGCCAGGUGCCCGGGGUCUACUACUUCGCGGUCCAUGCCACCGUCUACCGGACUAGCCUGCAGUUCGACCUGGUCAAGAACGGGGAGUCCGUCGCCUCUUUCUUCCAGUUUUUUGGGGGGUGGCCCAAGCCAGCCUCGCUCUCCGGGGGCGCCAUGGUGAGGCUGGAGCCCGAGGACCAGGUGUGGGUGCAGGUCGGUGUGGGUGAUUACAUUGGCAUCUAUGCCAGCAUCAAGACGGACAGCACCUUCUCUGGAUUUCUGGUAUAUUCUGACUGGCACAACUCCCCUGUCUUCGCUUGAUGCCCACUGGAAAGUGAGCCUACUGUUCUCUCUCUCCUAGGGGAGGGGUGUGUGACACUGUUAGCCACAUCCGGGAAGGCUGGCCCUGGAAUGUCGUGAGUGACUAGGAGGUAGGAUGGAGCUGUCCUGCUGCUGGCAGGGAGUGGGGACAGAGGCUGUCUGAGAUUAGGGCCUGCAGCCUAGGGCGCUGGUUGGAUUUCUGCCCAAGACCAAAGGAAUGCACUGUGCUGGCAGGUGUGGGUCCUCUGGCCCAGACCCCAAGGCUCUUUUCCUGGUCCUCUGCUUCUCUGAGUCCUCUCUUUUCCCUUCCACUCCUGGGCCUUUUUCUUAGAGACCAUUCAAUAAAUCCAAAAACCCUCCUA